GCAGCCGGUCGGCGGCCGCAGCGCGGGCGGGCCGGGCACGUGGGCGCCUCCGUCACACCCUCGCUCACACCCUCACACACACACCCGCGCGCACGCACCCGCGCGCCUGGAUCUCGUGCUCUUUCCCUGGCCGACACACAGGCGCUCGGGAGUCCCUCGCAGGCAGCUCGCAGGGCUGCGACCCCCUCUUGCCCAGCCCCAGGGCCCGCCCUUGGCAAGCAGCUGCUGCUCUCUGAACAGCUCCUCCGCGGCCUCCGUCGCAGCCACCUUUGGCCACUGCUGCUCCUGUUGGGACGUGGAAGAACCAAGAGGUGCCCGGUGGAGACACGCGAACGCUACUGACACGUUCCUGCUGCUAAGGGCACGGUUUUAGGUACCCAUAAGAUAUUGGACAUACAGGGAUCCAGGAACCAUUAAGACUCUGUCACCUUGAGCCAAGGAUUUAUUUGAUACUCCUCUCCAUCUUUUAUUCAUAUCAAUUAACAUAUUUCAAAAAAGAAUUAACACAUUUACCAUCAGGAAAUUUAAAACAAAAAUUGUUCUACCCAGACUUUCCAAUGCCGAAGAAUAGCAAGGUGGUAAAAAGAGAAUUAGACGAUGAAGUUAUUGAGUCUGUUAAAGACCUUCUUUCCAAUGAAGACUCAGCUGAUGAUGCUUUUAAGAAGAGUGAACUAAUUGUUGAUGUUCAAGAAGAGAAAGAUAUAGAUGCUGAAGAAGAGUCCGAAGUCGAGGAUGAAAGGCCAGCUUGGAACAGUAAGCUACAGUACAUCUUGGCCCAAGUUGGAUUUUCUGUAGGUUUAGGAAAUGUGUGGCGAUUCCCAUACCUAUGUCAGAAGAAUGGAGGCGGUGCAUAUCUUUUGCCAUAUUUAAUACUGCUACUGGUAAUAGGUAUUCCCCUUUUUUUCCUGGAACUCUCUGUGGGUCAAAGAAUUCGGCGAGGAAGCAUUGGUGUGUGGAAUUAUAUAAGCCCUAAACUGGGUGGCAUCGGAUUUGCAAGUUGUGUAGUGUGCUUUUUUGUGGCUCUCUACUACAAUGUCAUCAUUGGCUGGAGUCUGUUUUAUUUUUCUCAGUCUUUUCAGCAACCUCUUCCUUGGGAUCAAUGUCCUUUGGUGAAAAAUGCUUCACACACUUUUGUCGAGCCGGAAUGUGAAAAAAGUUCUGCCACCACCUAUUACUGGUACAGGGAAGCCCUGAAUAUUUCCAGUUCCAUUUCUGAAAGUGGAGGCUUAAACUGGAAGAUGACCGUCUGCUUGCUGGCUGCCUGGGUUGUGGUUUGCUUGGCUAUGAUCAGAGGCAUUCAGUCUUCUGGCAAAAUCAUGUACUUUAGUUCUCUGUUCCCAUAUGUGGUACUUAUAUGCUUCCUAAUCAGAGCACUCCUUUUAAAUGGUUCAGUUGAUGGCAUCCGCCACAUGUUUACCCCUAAGCUUGAAAUGAUGCUGGAACCCAAGGUCUGGAGAGAAGCUGCUACUCAGGUGUUCUUUGCCUUAGGUCUGGGAUUUGGUGGCGUCAUCGCCUUUUCAAGCUACAACAAAAGAGACAACAACUGCCACUUUGAUGCUGUUCUGGUGUCCUUCAUUAAUUUUUUUACAUCCGUCCUGGCAACAUUGGUGGUGUUUGCAGUUCUGGGCUUUAAAGCAAAUGUCAUAAAUGAGAAAUGCAUAGCAGAAAAUUCCAAAAUGAUCGUAAAAUUUUUGAAAAUGGGCAAUAUUAGUAAGGAUAUUAUUCCUCAUCAUAUCAACCUUUCAUCCGUUACUGCAGAAGAUUAUCAUUUAGUUUAUGACAUCAUUCAAAAAGUGAAAGAAGAAGAAUUUCCUGCUCUUCAUCUCAAUUCCUGUCAAAUCGAGGAUGAGUUAAAUAAAGCUGUUCAAGGGACUGGUUUAGCUUUCAUUGCCUUUACGGAAGCCAUGACGCAUUUCCCUGCCUCCCCCUUCUGGUCAGUGAUGUUCUUCCUCAUGCUGGUAAAUCUAGGGCUUGGCAGCAUGUUUGGAACCAUUGAAGGCAUCAUCACGCCUGUUGUGGACACUUUCAAAGUGAGGAAAGAAAUUCUUACUGUUAUUUGUUGUCUUCUGGCAUUUUGUAUCGGCCUGAUAUUUGUGCAACGCUCUGGAAAUUACUUCGUUACCAUGUUUGAUGAUUAUUCUGCUACACUGCCUCUGCUAAUUGUAGUUAUUUUGGAGAAUAUUGCUGUAUCCUUUGUUUAUGGCAUAGAUAAAUUUGUGGAAGACCUGAAAGAUAUGCUGGGCUUUGCUCCCAAUAGAUAUUACUACUAUAUGUGGAAAUAUAUUUCUCCUCUAAUGCUAUUAUCAUUGCUAAUAGCCAGCAUUGUGAAUAUGGGAUUAAGUCCUCCUGGCUAUAAUGCAUGGAUUGAAGAUAAGGCAUCUGAAGAAUUUCUGAGCUAUCCAACAUGGGGACUAGUUGUCUGUAUCUUGCUGAUGGUCCUGGCAAUUCUCCCCGUCCCAGCCGUCUUUGUCAUUCGUCACUGCAACCUAAUAGACAAUAGUUCUGGUAAUUUAGCAUCUGUGACCUAUAAGAGAGGAAGGGUCCUGAAAGAGCCUGUAAACUUAGAGGGAGAUGAUGCAAGCCUCAUUCAUGGGAAGAUACCCAGCGAGAUGUCAUCUCCAAAUUUUGGUAAAAAUAUUUACCGAAAACAGAGUGGAUCACCUACUCUGGAUACCGCUCCCAAUGGACGCUAUGGAAUAGGGUACUUGAUGGCAGAUAUGCCGGAUAUGCCAGAAUCUGACUUGUAGCUGGGAGGAAACUAUCAGUGGGCUCUAUUUGGUUCAUUUUUAUCAAUGAACAUUGGCUCUACUAAGAGAAGCAUUAGUCUUCACUUACCAGAGGGCGAUCUCAGGUGUUCCUUGGCUGUGAUCUUUAAUCCUAAGUACAUGUACAUUCAACUAGAGCAUUCCUUCGGAUUCUUCGGUUUACAUUUGCGCAGAGAGUUGCAGACAGAGCUUAUAGUGACUGAGGUCCAGACUUGUCAGAAUUUUUAAAAAUACUUCUGGUGUUUUUUCAAGCAUUUCUAUCUCAAAAGAAAAAAAAAAAACAGGCGUUACCUCAGUUUCUAAUAAUUUCUGGUUUAAUAAUAUUGGCAAUUCAAAAGUGGCAUAAUUUAAAAUUUACGUUUGCCUUGAGGGUAACUCCCAGUAUUACAAUGAACAGUUCUGUAAGUUGGUGCCUCUAAGCACACUUCCGUGAAUAUAUUGUGUAGAUAGGCUGUACUUAUUUUGGUAGCAUUGAGACCUUCUUAGGCAAUUAACUGAAGAAAACUGCAAAAUAUUUUCUUAUGUAAUAGCUGUAUAGAGCAAUAGUAUCAAAGAAUAAGAAGGCACUAAUGCUGGAUGACAGUUUAGAUUUGAAGGUGACUGGGGAUCAUGUGUGCGAUGGUUGUAUAUUUUGUGUAAAAUAUAUGUGUGAAAAUGAUCUAAGACUGAGUCACUCAGCACUCUCAAGAAUUAUGCAGAUUCUGCAUUUUCCUAUGCCAUGUGCCUAAAAACCUACUUGAUAUUUAUUGUGGUUUCAAGAUUACUCAUAGUAUAUUUAUAUAUACUUGCAAUGUAUAUAGAUGUAUAUUAGUACUCUAAGUACUGAUUUGAAAACUUGAAGCAAGAUGGCAUUUUAUUUCAUAUCUUUCUGUUUUGCUUCUGUUUUAUGCAAAUAUAAAUCCUUUUUUAAGUGAUUGUUAAGAUUGUAUGGCAUUACAUUUUAAGCUACAAAUAAAUGAAGUUAAAAAUGA